GAAGGUUUCACCUCUGGUUCCCGUCGUCAAAUCCAUUAGACCGGACUAGCAUAGUUUUUGUCAUUCAAAGCCAAUUUCGUAUAGAAAGCUAAGAGACGAACGGAGAAGAUCGGAGCAAAGAUGAUGUCCGGCGGGAACUACACGACUAUCGACAGCCAGAAAGUCUCUGGAUCUGUACCUUCUGUUCCAGAUCCAGGCCAUACCACCGUCAAAUUCGCAGAAUCAAAUCUACAAACUUUUCCUCCAUCUGCUACUCAGGGCAAGAUCUCUGGUGGUAGUAAUCCCCCUCGAGAUGCUGAUGAUUCAUUUUCUGGGCAUGGCAAUGGUAGUACAGAUGAACCCCAGUCUGGUGGCUGGCUCCAUAAAUUCACAGUUGGUGCUUACAAGCCGUUCUUUGAUGUCGACACUUCGGAUGUCGUAGAGAGGCUCAAAGAAUCUCUCUUCCCAUUCCGUGGAACAUUUACAGAGAAGACAGCUGAUAAGCCUGACUUGUAUGGUCCAUUCUGGAUAUGCACCACUUUGAUAUUCGUUGCAGCGUCUAUCGGGACAUUUGUCACAUACAUUGCACACAAAUGGAAGAAACAAGAAUGGAACUACGAUAUUAAUCUGGUGACUUGGUCUGCAGGAGUGUUCUACGGAUAUGUCACGAUUGUUCCUCUAGCACUAUAUGUCGUUCUCAAAUACUUCUCUGCACCAUCAGGCCUAAUCCAACUCUUCUGUCUUUAUGGAUAUUCCCUAUUCGUCUUUAUCCCAGCAUUGUGCCUGUCGGUUGUGCCGGUGGAGAUUUUCAGAUGGGUGAUCGCAGGGGUAGCCGGGUUCAUGUCUGCAACAUUUGUGGCAUUGAACCUCAAAGCGCAUAUCAAUUCCGCUGGAGAGAGAUCGAUCCUGAUAAUCGCCAGCAUCUUUCUUUUGCAGCUUGCGCUUGCAGUUGUGCUGAAGCUCUAUAUCUUCAAUGUCAAAGUAUGAUUCAUAAAAGGAAAAGGAAAAAAAGGGUAAACCAUGGUCUUUGUAGAAGUAAAAGGUAAUGUUUUCUGAUAUCAAUCUGUAGAUGCUAUAAUAUAACGUUUCACCUCAAGAUUUGUCCAAUUUUGUACCGUUUUGGAAACUGGUCCAUUUUAUUUACGCUCCAUUGAUUUUACAUGUAGAAGAGAGAGUGUAUUAAUAAAAUCGAUUUGUAGUUACUGUUAUG